GACGUCUUCAACAAGGAACUAUUUAGCAAGUGGAUACAAAUAUUAAUCUUUAUUACACACUUGACAUGUAGAAAAUGGAUCUAUUUAUUUCUUUAAAUAUGAAAAUAACUAUGAUUUUGUUUAUACUUAUAAUAAAAGUUGAACAUUAUGGAACAGAGGCGCAGCGGUUUGGGGAACUGUCUGUGGUCACUCCUACAUUUGUCAACAGAGAUAUGACAUUUCAUAUUUUGACGAAUAUUACGACAUUAAUCUGAAAAUCUCGAUGUAAUUAAAUGGAAAGUUCAAUAUAUGCAAAGAACAGAAUUCCAUGACAUCAGAUCUAUAUUUGCAACUGAAUAUAAGCACUACGAAAAAAGAGAUGGAGUGUGGAUGGAUGUUAAACGAGUCAACAAAAGUUUGGACAAAGCGCUUGUUUACGCCGAGUACAAUAAGAGUGUUUCAAAUACCAUCGUUGUUUCAUUGCAAGAAUUUGACAAUGAGUGUGGUCAUUUAUCCGUCUUUGAAUUUCCCAAAAAGAUUGGCGAUACUGCCCGGAUUGCAUACUAUCCAACACAAGACAUUCUAGAUCGUGAACAAGACUUUCACCGAGCAUGGCGCACGGCUCUCGGUGUCAUCAAACUCAAACGCGGUGCUUUCGAAGAAAAAGAUGUUUCGUUGAACAGGCAUUUCAUUCUUUCUAUUUUCAACAUUACUGAACGAACGGAAUAUUCACUGGAAUGUAAAAGAACACGCUCGUUGCCAAGGACUAAAAGUGUGUCCGUUUUUGUAGGUAACCCAGUUCUAGGCCCGCUUUGCUCAUUAGAUGGAUGUGUAAACUGUGUGUGUGUGAACCCCGGAGAGAGUGUUUAAUUGCAAGUCAUCUAGCGACGACGUUCAAAUACGAGUUGGAAACAACAGUUUGCCUUUUCAUAGGUUGUCACAGAGGAAUGAGAUCGUGUACACCACAAAUGGCGUGAAUAGUGCAUGGCAUAUGCAAACAAUUACAUGUUACGCUGGAUUUCAUGACAACUGUCGAACGAUUUUUCAAAACGAACAGGUCCCUCUACUUUAUAGUUCCACCCGCUGAGCUUUAUUUGAACAUCCCUAAGAAAAGGUUUGGAGAAUUAGUGAACAUAACAUGCACCGCAAAAAGCGGUAGACCCCCGUCUAAACUUCAGUUGACCAUAAAUAGCGAAAUAGCUGACGAUGCAGAGCAGAUUGACUUUUUGAACGAUUCAAGUCAUUUGUACACUAGUAGAUUAGUUAAACAGCUUCAUUUGGAUAGACGUUUGAGCAAUACAGCAGUCAAUUGUACGUCUAUUGCAACAACAAAUAAUCAGAAGCAUACGCAAGUAAAUUCCACUAGCCAGAUUCUUUCUUACGCAUAUCCCCCGUCUCGUCUGAAUAUGACCAGACCACCGAAUCCUGACCAUGUUGCCUCUUGGUACCAGUUUCAUAUUGGUUGCAAAGCAUAUGACUCCACAGAUGAUUGCAGAAUUGAGUGGUCUUCUGACAAAAAUUGUUUUGACAUACAUAACACAACAAAGUCCAAACAAUUAUAUGACAUCGGUUCUUGGAUUUACGUCAACGUAUCACCGAACACGACAGAAUUUAUGAUCAGUUGCCAUGUUGUCUGUCAUGAAUAUAAUGUUUCCAUGAAGGAAGAUUUCAUUGUGGAAAUAACAGCAUUUACCUCUGGAGGAAUAUCUUCGUUGACGCCUAGUGGAGAUAAAGACACUGGAAAUAUAGUCGAUGAAAGCAGUUUCCCAAUACGUUUUGCUUGGAUCGGUUCUCUGGCAGCUUCUGUAGUGGUUGUCAUUAUUGCUACCGUUGUAAUCACCGUCAAAGUUGUUCUGUAUUCUAUAUCCAGGAAACGGCAAAAGGCAAGCCAACCGAAAACACAAGAGAUACAACAGAACGAGAUACCUCCGGCCGCUUGCCGCGGACAAUGGGUAGAUGGUGAUCCAAUCAAUGAUAAUGAACGUCAAUUUCAAAUGGCAUAUCCACAAAUUGAAGAACAGGGUGCUACUGGUUCGGAUAUCGUAUACGCCGAUCUCGACAUAGAUUUUCUCGAAAAGUGUAGGGCAUUCGCCACGAAACCAGACUGCUAUGAGCCUACAGAGUAUGCCGAUGUGGCAACGACACUUGAAAUGAUAGAGGAGCCAGACUAUAUCAAUGUGGGAGAGUUCUCCUAUGACCAUCUUCAAUAGCCAAAACGGGGGUUAUGGCCGGCUAGCUAAGGCGAUAGAGCGCUGUCUCAAAUUUGACAACACUGAAAUACUGUUGAAAGCGGCGAAAGCCAUAAAUAUACAAACAAACAAAACAUUUGCAAAAUAGAGCAAUUGCUUCUAUGUAAGUAAUAAUAAAACUGAUUAAAUAGAGCAAUUGCUUUGAUGCAAGUAAUAACAAAACUGACUAAAUGUGCAUAUUGUAUAUUAUGAGGAAAGAAUAACCGUUUGGUGUGGUUGUGUAAAUCUGUAGGAAUGCUAUAUAUAAAUUGUGCCAGAACUGAACAGUAAGAUAAAAAAGUUACUUUGUGUUAUUAUAAAGUAAUUUUAAAAAUUAUGUUUGACAUCGGGAUAACGUGUGACAGCUGUUUUAAAUGGAUAAACUAAAACAAUCAGUUUUCUAUAUUUCUAGUUGUUUAAAUAUGUUGAAAAUGAGAAUAAUAUUACUCAAAAUGCAUGUAAUUAGUUGUUAGAAAUAAUGAAAGUGUGCUGUGCUGAGAGAAACGCUUCGAAUCAUUGUCCACAUAUGAUUUUAAAACCGCAAACAAUGAAAAAUGUGAAAUAUCAAAUAAAGAGUAACAACAAAAGUGCUCGCUAUUCUUAGGUUAUUUUAUUUUGAAAAUGUGUUAUGUAUCCAGUCUAAAUGUGGCAUUAUAAAGGAUUGCUAUACAAAGAAGUGUGUGUUUAUAUUAAAAUAAGUCCUUAAAUCAGCAAUUGAAUAAAAGAAGACUUUUAAGGGUGAAUUAUAUUUUGAACUUACAUCAGUAGAACCUUCCUAGACAACAAGAACUCUUCAUAUUUAGUCGAAUAUGUGUAUGCUGUGUUGUGUUUGUUGGUUUUUUGCAUAGAAACCGUGACUUAAGAUACAUUGGUAUUGCAGCAUGUAUACGUUUCUAUUUUGUAAUGUUUUUUGUAAAGUAUUUGUAAUGAUAUCCACUGACCAUAUGCAACUUAUGUUUGUUUAUUUCUGUUAAAAUCUUUGAACUUUUCAACCAUUUGUUGUUAAACUUUUGACAUCAAAUUUGCAUGGUAUGAGUGAAACGACAUAUAUUAUUUUACUUUAAAACGGAAAAAGAAGGAAUAAUUCAUUUAUUUGCAUUACAACUUGUGCAUAUUUUUUGGAAAUGCUUAGUAUGGUGUCAUAUAUUUAAGUCAAUAAGUUUCGCGAAGUUAAGCUCGCUGACUGCAAAUCGUACUAAAAAAUAUUCGUGUUAAAUCUUAUCUGUGGUAAUAUUUAUCUUAAUAUUAAGUUAUGGUUUACGAAAAUGUUUAAGUUUUUAAGCAGUAAUUUAUUUCCCCUUGACUUGCAGACAGAAAUUGUUGAAUAGAUCACUAAUGGAUAAUUUGGUAACAUUAAGAGAUUUCAUACAGGCAUUGACGUAACGUGUAUAUGGGGUAAAAAGUUAAAAAAAAUCAAAAAGAUCGUGUUGUUACUGGCUUUUUCACUAUAUGAGUUUUUAUGAAAAAAAUAUUAUAAUAAAUGUGUAUAUCAAUAUUAAAGAACGUUUGACUAUUUUGGUUAUUCAUGUCUCUUACUCCAUCACUAUUCUAUCUUAUUUUAUAAUUCAACGCCACCCAUUUACCAUCAUAUUGAUAGUUGUUGUUGUUUAUGUUUUUUAAAUCAGUGUAUGGUGAAUAUAUUAUUAUAUAAUAAGUUUUUGUACCUUCCUGUGUUGACAUUUUGACAUUAUUGAUGUUGUCACAGUACCACGUACUUGUCUUUAUAUACUUUUUUGCUUUUAUUUCUAUAUUCCCCUGACAUAAACAGACUUAUCUAGGCACAAUAUACAAUUUACGUAAAUGGUAUAAUUUUUAAUAUUAAUGUAUUUCUGUGUAAAUAUGUUUAUAUUAUGCUCGAGUGUAAUUCGAAUAAAUGCCCGUUUUCUCUCUA